CAACGUCGAGGCGGCAUCUUCUUUUUCCUUUGCGACCGCAAAGACUAGUGAUGGAUGAUUAAUGGUUAUUGAGCACCCUCAACCAGGAGGAUGGAUCCUGCUCAACUUCGCCAGCAACUUGUCCAGGACGUCGACAAAAUAAUCCAAUCUCUCACCGGUUUAAAUGUGACUUCUGGACAGUUAAGAAUCGAGGCAAAUAUUAUUGACAAUUCUAAAAGACGAUACCCCAGAUCCAAGGCCAGACGAAUAUUACUUGACACAAUCAAUCUUGCAGAUUGGAGCUCAAGGUCAAGGGACUUGGAUGAUGCAACACACGCGUCCGGCCGCCAGCCACGGAAUCGAGCUGAUGUUCAGCAUCUCCCUUCUCCAGCACGAUCCGACAGCAAUGGCCUCGAGCGCGAGCCUCGCCCAGGGAGUGGCUCAGGUGAUGAAAAUUCAGAUCCAGGGUCUAUCCUGAACAUCUCUGGACCGGCAGAAAGGAAGAAAAGUAAGCACGCAUCAGCCCAACGCCGCAAAACAGUUGGGGGGUUGUCGAUCAUCAAGACGACGAUUGCGUAUCCAGGACCUUCAAGGUCACCCUCUCCGCCAACAACACGGCAACUACAGACCGACCAGUCUCGUUUCCGCAAGAGACGGCGGGUCGAGGAGGCUCCCCGUUUGGUUCAGUCCAACGUGGACAAGCUGAUUGAGGGCAUCUGGAAAGAGAUCCACAACCCCAACAGUCUGGUGCUCGACCAAGAGUAUACGAGUCUCCUGGACGAUUUAAUGCACAAGGAUACCUUGUCAGAGACCAACAGAAUUGGGGCUACAAGCUUCGAAGUGGCCACCCGAUCAUGUCGGCGGCUGACUGAAGGCGCACGGGCUGGAAGGGCACUGGAAGUCAUCAUGCAGGCGCAUUGGGUUGAUUGCUUUGAUUCACAGAUUGCCGAGUUGGCUGAGACAAGACCGGAUCAAAGACCACUGGAACAUAAAAAGGCAACGCUCCUGCAAGCGUGUGAGUCAUUCUCAUGGUCGGAGAAGGAUCUCAGGAAUCGAAUGGCGAUCUGGAAAGGCUACCGAGAUAUCAAGGCCGUAGCCGGGUGGAGUGCCCUGAUCUUUGCAGGACCCGGCAUCUAUCGAUUCUGCAAGUAUAGACUGGGCCUUGACCCAGAGGCAUUGUCGAAGCUGCGGGCUCUGCGGACCCGAUUUGAGGUUGCCGCGGAUACAAUCCAUCCAGACUGGCGGCAACUCCUUCUCAUCGUCGGCGAGUCUGCCCAGCUCCACUGGCGAGGCCACCCUCACGACUGGGUGGUCAGUAAGAGAAAGGAUGCUCUCCCACUAGGGUUCACAUACCGUCAAUGGGAUUCCAACUUUUCCUUCAAGCACAUCUCCGAGUCCAUUGUCGACGCGGAGAAAUGGGGGGACGGCGUAGAUCCUCGACGGGUCAGCGAUGGUCCCGACUUCAUUUGCAAUCUCUGCUCGCAUCGGCAGUCGGCCAACCCGCAGACGAAUGAAUGCGCAUGUUUUUCAGAACUGUUCGGCGUUCACAAUGCCAAUAAACCAUGUCCAGUGCAGGUUUACCAGACCGAAAAUGGCCGAAACAAUGGGCUGAUUGCUUGUGGCUCGUUUGCUCGCGGCGUUGCCGUGGGUGAGUUUGUUGGCCUCGUCACCAACGGGCUCUCGCACAUUGAUGUGAUGCAAAGUCGAGCAAGGGACGGUGGAGAGCCGUAUCAAAUCUGGCAGGGCCGGUGUGGGAACUUUACCCGUUUCAUCAACCACUCGUGCGAGCCCAACUGUAUGUUCCAGACGUUUGUUUGGCUAGGGGUGCAGAGGAUCCUAGUCAUUUCCAAGGGUGUGGCGGCGGGAAAGGAAUUGACGGUAGACUAUUCAUCUCGAUACUGGGAGCAAUUGGACAAGAAAUGUCUUUGUGGAAGUGUCAAAUGCCGGUUUGGAAAUCGGUCUCCGGCGGUACGGACAUAGAAGAUUGACCGAUGGCACGGUUUGGACAAUGACUGGAUAUAUUCUUAGUGAACAGAACACAACGGAAAGACUGCAAGUUGAGGGCGUAGGCCAGGGGCCAUGGAGAGUUAAAGUCUGUCCACACGGGGUGAGCAAGUCAUGAAGUGAAGCUUUGAUGUGUAA